AUGUCUCACAGAAAGUUUGAGCACCCCAGGCAUGGAUCCCUUGGGUUUCUUCCAAGGAAGCGAGCUGCUCGACACAGAGGCAAAGUGAAAGCUUUCCCCAAGGAUGACCCAUCCAAACCCUGCAAGUUGACUGCUUUUCUUGGUUACAAGGCUGGCAUGACUCACAUUGUCAGAGAUGUUGAGAAACCCGGAUCUAAGCUUCACAAGAAGGAGACGUGCGAGGCUGUAACUAUUAUUGAGGCUCCUCCAAUGGUUGUUGUCGGAGUUGUGGGUUAUGUGAAGACACCACGUGGCCUUCGCUCUUUGAACACUGUGUGGGCUCAGCAUCUUAGUGAGGAGGUGAAGAGGAGGUUCUACAAGAACUGGUGCAAGUCCAAGAAGAAGGCACAUCUUAUGGAGAUCCAGGUGAAUGGAGGGACUAUUGCUCAGAAAGUUGAAUUUGCAAAAAGCUUCUUUGAGAAGCAGAUCCCUAUUGAUGCUGUUUUCCAGAAAGAUGAGAUGAUUGACAUCAUUGGUGUCACAAAGGGUAAAGGAUAUGAAGGCGUUGUUACUCGUUGGGGUGUAACUCGUCUUCCCCGUAAGACUCACAGGGGUCUGAGGAAGGUGGCUUGUAUUGGUGCCUGGCAUCCUGCUAGAGUCUCAUUUACAGUUGCCAGGGCUGGUCAGAAUGGUUACCACCACCGUACUGAGAUGAACAAGAAGAUUUAUAAGCUUGGGAAGGCUGGGCAGGAGUCACACACUGCUGUCACUGAAUUUGACAGGACGGAGAAAGACAUUACCCCCAUUGGUGGCUUCCCUCACUAUGGUGUGGUGAAGGAUGAUUACAUUCUGAUUAAGGGAUGCUGCGUUGGACCCAAGAAGAGGGUUGUUACUCUUCGCCAGUCCCUGCUCAAACAGACCUCUCGUCUUGCUCUUGAGGAUAUUAAACUCAAGUUCAUCGAUACCUCUUCAAAAUUCGGGCACGGUCGCUUCCAGACAACACAGGAGAAACAGAAGUACUAUGGUCGCCUCAAGGCAUAA